GUCUACUCCACCGCUCACCAGCAAUGCAACGGCUCGCGGACCGGCUGAAAACAGCCAUGAAACCGCUCUCGAGCUGGUUCUGGCAGCAGCACUUCAACGCGCGCUACGGCUACCUGCGCUUCUUCGACCGCCGCGACGCCGUCUUCCAGGUUCUCUCCCUCACCUACUUCCCUGCCCGCGCGCUGCCCCACGCCCGCAUCUCCCGCUUCUGCGACCUGCCCGAGGACAUCCACUCGCUGUUCCCCGCGCACGCAGACAUCCGCGCGGUCGUGCUCGACAAGGACAACUGUUUUGCUGAGACCGACAAGAUCGGCGCGCAUCCAGACAACCUCGCCGCGCUCGCAAACCUGCGCCGCCAGUUCCCGGGCUCAAAAGUGAUCAUCGUGUCCAACACCGCGGGCGCGUACCUGCACGAGGUCCGCCACGCGUUCGGCAACGAGCUCAGACUCAAGCGCGAGACCGAGCGCGCGACAGGCAUCGAGGUGUACGACCACCUGCACUUCAAACCGCACGAGUCCGUCGGCAAGGGCGUGCUCAUGAAGCUCAUCGAGGAUAAAUCGACCGACGUGCAUGCCGCGCAUCAUGUCGCUGUCAUCGGCGACCGCAUCUUCACUGACGUCUUCAUGGCAAACAACAUCGGCGCCUGGGCGCUCUGGAUCGAGGACGGGGUUAAGAAGAGCAAUUCGCCGCUCGUCCGUAUCGAAAAGAAGCUCGUCGACCUCAUCGAAUCAAGAGGAAUCAAGCCGAUUUUACCCAAAAAACCUCCCCGGACAGACCCGCUACCUCCCUCGGACGCUUGGUAAUGUAAAUAAGCAACAUGUAUAUAUUAUUUCUCUGAAGCAAUACAGCAUCACUUAAAACAGCAAGAACAAGACAAU